AUGCAAUCGCCUACGAAGGAAGAAAUGACGCCUACCGAAGAAUCUGUCAGUCGGGCUGGGACCCCACCGAACGUUGCCGAAGAGAGAGACCUGUGGCUCCAGGCGCUAGAGACCGAAGACUUCGCUAAACUGCUGCUUAGGGCGGGAGUGCUAUGUAAGUACUUUUCCUUCGUUUACCUCUAUGCUCCUAAUAGAUGCAGCCGGACCCCCACUGAAUCUCUGAGCGUCAAGAGGUCUUCAGCAGCCGAAGAGACUCCCCUCAUUGGACUCCAACCUCAAUGCUCGCGCGAUGCACCAAGUGAGAACGCUCCGACUCCGGCCGAGAUGAAAGAAGGAUUCGCAAAAGCUCGAUUCGCAACGCUAAGGCUCUUACGACCUUGGUUUCCCAAAGCAGACCCAGAACAUGAACGGGCGAAAAAAUUUAGGACCUGGCAUUCGAGAAGAGAUAUUGUUAUGCAAACUUGCUCCGUAACCUCGGUAGUGAUCUUCCUAAUUAACCUUUUGUGUACGGUUGUGUUCAAGUCGAAAUGGGGAGCUAAUAGCGAUAUCAAUACUCUCUACCAAGGUGAUUGUUCCAAGACGGAGAAGAUUAGUACGGAUCUUCACGUGGUAAUCAACCUGCUCAGUGCCCUCUUACUCGGCGCCUCAGACCUGUGUAUGCAACUUCUGGCGGCGCCUACACCCUCGGAAAUUGAAAGAGCACACAAAAAAUAUUUGGGUGCCGAGCUUUCGAAACCUCAGACACAUCGGUCGGGAUAG